ACCAUUGAAAACUGUGUGUGCAUUUUGAGGAACCUCUCGUAUCGACUAGCUGCAGAGACAUCUCAGGGACAGCAGAUAGGCACAGACGAGCUUGACGGAUUGCUUUGUGGUGAUGCCAACGGCAAGGAUGCAGAGAGCUCUGGUUGCUGGGGGAAGAAGAAGAAGAAAAAGAAGGCCCAUGAUCAGGUGGGUUCCUCUCCUCUCCACUGCAGCUGUUAGCUGUUAGCCAGCGUGUUACAGCAGUGGUGCUGGAAUCUGGCUAGGGAGGGGGUCUACAUCUCAUGGAUAAUUACAAAUUUACUUGGUUUAGUUCUGAAAGAGGGUCUUCUUCUGGUUUUUGCUGCCUUGCCUGGGAAAAUAAACUGGCAAAAGCCAAGGUUUGAUUAUUAUCUGACUGAGUUGGAUUAUGCAAUUCAGUGUGAUUGAAAUGGUGGUACAAAUCAUCUACUCUGGCAUACUUUUGAUGCUCAUGCAGUUGGUAAGGUGGGGAUGAUUUAGUAUGUGAGAUAUGCUACAGGGAUGUUAUGUGACCGAAUGCUCAUUCUUAAUAAUGUUUAUCUUGUAAGUAAAUAAUUCAGAAAGGAAUGUGUGACUCCCUUGUCACUCAUGUCUCAACCAUAUUAAGUGUUUUCAAUAUUUUCAUUGUUCUUUGAUAAUUAAAGACAACUGCCCCUAAAAACCAACUUCUCAUUUAGAAAACAGCCUAUGUGGCAUCGAUAUGAGUCAAAAACAUUUAUUGUACUGUGAAAAUGACUACAAAGUGUAAAUAGGAUCAUUUUGGUCAUAAAGUCAGUCUUGUCCAAAACUGAGUUUUGUGAGUCUUGUGGUCGUGACUGCAUCACAACGUAAAUUAAGGUUGGGUUUGUUUUAAUCCUGCCCACAUGCCGACAGCUGGCACCACACAAGUAAUCAUACAUUUCGGAGUGCAGCUGCACUUUAUUUUGUAUAUUUAAAACAUACAAUCUACUUGCAGUGAAGCCGCUCAACAUUACGUCACAUUAGUCAUCUAACAGACUCCCAUCCAGAGCAACCCACAGAAGCAACCAAGGUCAACGCCCUGCUCAAGGGCACGUCGACAUAUCUCCCAUAAGGUCAAAAACAGGGACCCGAAACAGCGACCCAUCAGCCACCGGCCCAAGCUCCCAACCGCUAGGCCACCAGCCCUCCAAGAUCCCCCCCACAGUUCCCAAGAGCUGCCCCUCAACCAUCCGAGAACCCUCUCCAGAUCUCCCAACAAUACUAUUUCUAGGGUCAAUUUUAGAUCAAUGUUAUGCAUUUUCAGCCAUUCCUGAACCUGAGUCCAGAAACAGGCUACCUGAGGGCAAUACCAAAACAAAUAGUCUAUUGAUUCUGUAUCCUCACAACAAAAUCUGCAGAGCUGCGAUGAUUGUAUGCCCCAAAUAUUCAACAUUUUGUUGGUGGCAAGAAUUAUGUACAAUAAUUUUAGCUGAAAAGCACGAAGUCUUGAAUCUUGCGUCAUUUUAUAUAUCAACUCGUACACCCUGUACCAUGGAAUCGGUACAUAAAACAUAUAUUUCCAACUAUUUUGCAAUCUGUAUGGCACAGCUGUCAACAUCCUGGUCCUGAAAUGAAACUGGUAUACUUUCCUAUUUAUGCUAUUUUUAUUCCUCCUCCAGUUUUGAUCCUUUAUAUUGGGCAGACAGACCAGUUCCCUAUCUCCCCCCGCUGCCACCUGCCUCCUCCAUUUUUGGGGUAAUGCUGUAAUCAAUUGGUUGUAAUCUUGGAUUGAGCAGACCUUCCCAUACAAUUCUGAUAACUCCAAUUUACAAUAUCAUUUAAAAACAAAAUACCCUUUUUAAUACAGGUAUUUUAUCAACCAGCACAUUUGAGUUCAGCCAUAAUAUUUGUUGUAAUAUUUGUACUAUCUUUUCAGGGGGAUGAAAUUGAAAUUGUAGCCAGCUCUGCAAUGCUUGUUUGAAAAAGAGAGAUACUUUGAAAAAAAGUUUCAUUUUCAAUGAAUUUCUUAGUAAUCUACUUGAGAACCAUUUAGGGUUCAAGUAAAACUUUUGGAUGAGUGAAGCUUUUAGAGAGAGGUUGAGUGCUUUUAGAUUUAAUAAUCUCAACCCACCUAGUUCAUAUUCAUUAUAUACAGUGGGGAAAAAAAGUAUUUAGUCAGCCACCAAUUGUGCAAGUUCUCCCACUUAAAAAGAUGAGAGAGGCCUGUAAUUUUCAUCAUAGGUACACGUCAACUAUGACAGACAAAUUGAGAAUUUCUUUUCCAGAUAAUCACAUUGUAGGAUUUUUAAUGAAUUUAUUUGCAAAAUAUGGUGGAAAAUAAGUAUUUGGUCACCUACAAACAAGCAAGAUUUCUGUCUCUCACAGACCUGUAACUUCUUCUUUAAGAGGCUCCUCUGUCCUCCACUCGUUACCUGUAUUAAUGGCACCUGUUUGAACUUGUUAUCAGUAUAAAAGACACCUGUCCACAACCUCAAACAGUCACACUCCAAACUCCACUAUGGCCAAGACCAAAGAGCUGUCAAAGGACACCAGAAACAAAAUUGUAGACCUGCACCAGGCUGGGAAGACUGCAUCUGCAAUAGGUAAGCAGCUUGGUUUGAAGAAAUCAACUGUGGGAGCAAUUAUUAGGAAAUGGAAGACAUACAAGACCACUGAUAAUCUCCCUCGAUCUGGGGCUCCACGCAAGAUCUCACCUCGUGGGGUCAAAAUGAUCACAAGAACGGUGAGCAAAAAUCCCAGAACCACACGGGGGGACCUAGUGAAUGACCUGCAGAGAGCUGGGACCAAAGUAACAAAGCCUACCAUCAGUAACACACUACGUCGCCAGGGACUCAAAUCCUGCAGUGCCAGAUGUGUCCCCCUGCUUAAGCCAGUACAUGUCCAGGCCCGUCUGAAGUUUGCUAGAAUGCAUUUGGAUGAUCCAGAAGAGGAUUGGGAGAAUGUCAUAUGGUCAGAUGAAACCAAAAUAUAACUUUUUGGUAAAAACUCAACUCGUCGUGUUUGGAGGACAAAGAAUGCAGAGUUGCAUCCAAAGAACACCAUACCUACUGUGAAGCAUGGGGGUGGAAACAUCAUGCUUUGGGGCUGUUUUUCUGCAAAGGGACCAGGACGACUGAUCCGUGUAAAGGAAAGAAUGAAUGGGGCCAUGUAUCGUGAGAUUUUGAGUGAAAACCUCCUUCCAUCAGCAAGGGCAUUGAAGAUGAAACGUGGCUGGGUCUUUCAGCAUGACAAUGAUCCCAAACACACCGCCCGGGCAACGAAGGAGUGGCUUCGUAAGAAGCAUUUCAAGGUCCUGGAGUGGCCUAGCCAGUCUCCAGAUCUCAACCUCAUAGAAAAUCUUUGGAGGGAGUUGAAAGUCCGUGUUUCCCAGCGACAGCCCCAAAACAUCACUGCUCUAGAGGAGAUCUGCAUGGAGGAAUGGGCCAAAAUAACAGCAACAGUGUGUGAAAACCUUGUGAAGACUUACAGAAAACGUUUGACCUGUGUCAUUGCCAACAAAGGGUAUAUAACAACGUAUUGAGAAACUUUUGUUAUUGACCAAAUACUUAUUUUCCACCAUAUUUUGCAAAUAAAUUCAUUAAAAAUCCUACAAUGUGAUUUUCUGGAUUUUUUUUCUCAUUUUGUCUGUCAUAGUUUACGUGUACCUAUGAUGAAAAUUACAGGCCUCUCUCAUCUUUUUAAGUGGGAGAACUUGCACAAUUGGUGGCUGACUAAAUACAUUUUUUCCCCACUGUAUAUUAUCUCCAAUGUAUCGUCCAUGUAAAAAACCUGUCUGAUCAGGUUGAACAAUAGCUGGUAAAACAUUUUUUUAAAGCAUUUAAUGAGAACUAAAAGGUUUGCAACGUGAAAAUAUUGUCUCAUUUACAUUGUGUAAUUUAUUGAUAGUACCUAACUAACCAAAGUCAAACCAAUUUUGCUGCAGUCGCACACCAGCCGGAUGAAGCUAAUUGGCAAAAUAAUUUGGCUAACUCUUCACACCUGCGAACACACACACGAGACACCCACAUCAAACCACACCCCGAAACCAACUAACAUUUGAAUUUAGUCAUGGCCGCUAGCAUUUCUUAAUGAACCAAAUCUAAAACGAGGCCAAAUCAGGUAGUGUAGUCGCCCUUUAAGCAAUUUUUAGUGGCACUGUAAACUAAGUGUCGUUGUCAAACUGUUUAAUGUCACAUCUUAUGCCUGUAGUAUUGACAAGUAGUAACAUUCCACCAUCCUGUGUCACCCAGUGGGAUGGUGUGGGGCCCUUCCCGGACUCGGCUGACCCACCCAAAGGCAUUCAGAUGCUGUGGCACCCCACCAUCGUCAAACCCUACCUCACACUCCUGUCUGAGUGCUCCAACCCAGACACUUUGGAGGGGGCAGCCGGAGCUCUGCAGAACCUGGCUGCAGGCAGCUGGAAGGUACAGCAUAGUACAGUAAGCUCUCCCUCCUCAGAGCUGCUCCAGCGGCAGCAAUUUUCUUUCCACACUGUCAUUGUCAAACUGUCAAGAUGAACUUGCAGAAACCAAGUCGGCCUUAGACAUUAGUUGCUCUUAGCUCACUGUAACAUUAAGAAAGCAUGAGGUACUGCUGGAGAAAUACUAUAUUUGGCGGUGUUGGGGGGGAUAUACUACUCUGGUUGUUGUUCUAUGUAUAGAUCAUAAUGAUGUGUGUUUUAUGUGAUGAAGUGUGACUGAGUCCUCUCUUUCUCCUCUCCAGUGGUCUGUGUAUAUCCGUGCGGCGGUGAGGAAAGAGAAGGGUCUGCCCAUCCUGGUGGAGCUGCUGAGGAUUGACAACGACAGGGUGGUGUGUGCCGUGGCCACAGCUUUAAGAAACAUGGCCUUAGACGUCAGAAACAAAGAACUCAUCGGUAAGUGUAGUUGUCAGUGAAUCAAUAUUCUACAUUCAUACAUUCCAUAUGCACGUUUGUGUGUGUGUGCGUUUGUGCGAGGAUGUAAGCGUGCUCAUGCAUAUGCGUUUAUAUACAGUGCAUUCGGAAAGUAUUCAGACCCUGUGACUUUUUCCAAUUUUUUUAUUAUACACACAAUACCCCAUAAUGACACAGUGAAAACAGGUUUUUAGAAAUGUUUGCAAAUAAAAAAACAAAAACAAAACGGAAAUACCUUAUUGACAUAGGUAUUCAGACCCUUUGCUAUGAGACUCAAAAUUGAUUUCAGGUGCAUCCUGUUUCCAUUGAUCAUCCUUGAGAUGUUUCUACAACUUGAUUGGAGUCCACCUGUGGUAAAUUAAAUUUAUUGGACAUGAUUUGGAAAGGCACACACCUGUCUAUAUAAGGUCACACAGUUGACAGUGCAUGUCAGAGCAAAAACCAAGCCAUGAGGUCGAAAGAAUUGUCCGUAGAGCUCAGAGACAGGAUUGUGUCUGCAACAUUGAAGGUCCCCAAGAAAACAGUGGCCUCCAUCAUUCUUAAAUGGAAAAAGUUUGGAACCACCAAGACUCUUCCUAGAGCUGGCCGCCCGGCCAAACUGAGCAAUCGGGGGAGAAGGGCCUUGGUCAGGGAGGUGACCAAGAACCCGAUGGCCACAGAGUUCUCUGUGGAGAUGGGAGAAUCUUCCAGAAGGACAAACAUCUCUGCAGCACUCCACCAAUCAGGCCUUUAUGGUAGAGUGACCAGACGGAAGCCACUCCUCAGUAAAAGGCACAUGACAGCCCGCUUGGAGUUAGCCAAAAGGCACCUAAAGACUCUCAGACCAUGAGAAACAAGAUUCUCUGGUCUGAUGAAACCAAGAUUGAACUCUUUGGCCUGAAUGCCAAGCGUCACGUCAGGAGGAAACCUGGCACCAUCCCUAUGGUGAAGCAUGGUGGUGGCAGCAUCAUGCUGUGGGGAUGUUUUUCAGCAGCAGGGACUGGGAGACUAGUCAGGAUCGUGGGAAAGAUGAACGGAGCAAAGUACAGAGAAAUCCUUGCUCAGGACCUCAAACUGGGCAAAUGUUCACCUUCCAACAGGACAACGCCCCUAAGCACACAGCCAAGACCAGUCAGGAGUGGCUUCGGGACAAGCCUCUGAAUGUCCUUGAGUGGCCCAGCCUGAGCCCGGACUUGAACCCAAUCGAACAUCUCUGGAGAGAUCUGAAAAUAGCUGUGCAGCAACGCUCCCCAUCCAACCUGACAGAGCUUGAGAGGAUCUGCAGAGAAGAAUGGGAGAAACUCCCCAAAUACAGAUGUGCCAAGCUUGUAGUGUCAUACCUAAGAAGACUUGAGGCUGUAAUCGCUGCCAAAGGUGCUUCAACAAAGUACUGAGUAAAGGGUCUGAAUACUUAUGUAAAUGUGAUACAUAUUUUUUAAAUGUUUUUAGAAAUUUGCUAAAAUGUCUAAAAACCUGUUUUUGCUUUGUCAUUAUGGGGUAUUGUGUUUAGAUUGAUGAUGGAAAAAAAAAACAUUUACUCCAUUUUAGAAUAAGGAUGUAACGUAACAAAAUGUGGAAAAAGUCAAGGGGUCUGAAUACUUUCCGAAUGCACUGUAUGUGUGCCCCAUAGAGAAUGUGUGCACCUCUCUGUAGCCUCUCUAAGAUGGGUGUGCACUGCAGAGCUCUCUUUGUGGGCUGUGGUUGAAAUUCUCCUCAUGACAGCACUAAAAGACAAUUGAUCUCUCUAAUAAACGAGAUGUUCUGUUGGACCUAGGCAUCUCCAUAGCAACUGCUCUUGCCUUCUCAGGCUGGUGCUACGUGCUAAGUAGAUGUGUGUAUCAUGUCAUAGAGCCGCAGGCCUUCAGACACCCAACUCUGUGUUGGUAGAAUAAAGCGUAGUAACACACAAUUAUCUGUUUACAUGCUUAUAUCAUGUUAAGACAGUGUUAUGUCUCGCUAAAUCUGACGCUUCUGAUAGCCUUGUAAAGUAAUGAUUAUGGGGGAUUUCGUUAUUAGCAUGUCAUUGACGUUAUAGCCACUAUUACACACAGCAUGUAUAAAGUAUGUAUUACCUGUAACUUGGAAUAUGAACUUUGUGGUAAUCAUCAGCUCAAAUUAUCUUCACCCUCUUUGUUUAUCUACAUUACAAACAGUGAUGUAGUGGUACAAAAAAAGGUGCGUAAACUGUAUUUACUUACGUUUACCCUCCACUACACCACUGAUUACAAACACAUGUUGUGUUGUUCCUAAUGCUUUGAAGACUAUACUAUGAAUCACACAAAAGCGAUUGUGCGCUGGCAGGACUAGACAUUCUUAGUCGUUCUCAUUCCCAGGCCUCCCUUUAAAAUAUUAGUGUUUUCUAUGAAAAUGCCAUUACCUGGGAGGUGUCAAGGGGUUUGAUAUUUCCAUCCCAGCUACAAAUGUUGUGUCCUCAGGCCUACAGUAGAGUAUGAGUGCUUAGUGGGGUAUUAAAAAAGCCCCAUUGAGCAGAAGAUGGAUGUAUUAAGCCCUCGUCAUAUAGCUGUAAAUGUCAGUCUGGGAGUUUGAGGCUGUAUUGUGAAUUAUUAAAAGCACUGCUCUCUGAAUUUCUCUCUCUAUUGCUCUCUCAUUGUCUCCCUCUCUCUCUCUCUCUCUCUCUCUCUCUCUCUCUCUCUCUCUCUCUCUCGCAUUUCACAUGCUGAUACCAUCCUUCCUUUCUCUCUCUUCCUCUAUCAUUCUCGCUAUCCCUUUCUUAUGCCCUAGUUCUCUUGUCCCAUAGGGAUUGUAUUAUAUAUAUUCUAAAGCAUCGUUCCCAUACGUAUAUCCUGUCUUUUUUCUUCUUCUUCAAGUGGAUGCCUCAGUAUGAAAUGCCGUAUUUAUUGUUUUUCUGUCAAGUCAAGAAAUCCUCUUUAGCUCAAUCGCUCACUGCUCAUUAGGGACGUAGCCUUUAUAGGACAAGGGUCUUGUGCACAUCUCUGACCUUGAAGGCUCUCCUGCUGUCCACUGAGUAGUGACAAGGUUAGAUCAUGUGAAGUAUGAAGUAUAGUAAAUACUGCUUGUCUUUAUCAGUUUCUGCUAUCCUGACCAUUUGCUACCUUUUCCCCUCUCUUGCUGUUGUGACUGGGAAGGUAUUUUGGUCACAAACAGAACACUGCUUAGUGGAGAACAUAUAUAUGUAUUUAUAGAAGAAUAUUGUCCUUCUGCAUCCAUGGUUUUCUAAUCUGUUCCCUAAUAGCACAUAUAUUAAAAUGUUCAUGUACAGUAUAACUAACCAUGAGGUGUUUUUCUUUCCACAACAGGCAAGUACGCAAUGAGAGACUUGGUCCACCGUUUGCCCGGGGGCAACAACAACAACAGCAGUGGUGGGACUGCUGCCAGUGCUAUUGGGAAGACCAUGUCAGACGACACUAUCACGGCUAUCUGCUGUGCCCUGCACGAGGUCAUCACUAAGAACAUGGAGAACACCAAGGCUCUGCGUGACGCUGGAGGCAUCGAGAAACUCAUCGGCAUCGCCAGAAGCAAAGGAGACAAGUAGGUGUCCAGAAGUCAUGCUGUGCUCACCCUAAUCUGGGAACCCAGAGCAAAAGCUUGCAUGCCUGCUGUCCAGCUAUUCUACUGUGUAUAACAUUUUAACACACUGUCACAAGAGACUAUGUUCACUCUAAACUUCAACCCUAACACCAACACACAGCCAUCCUGCUCAGCUAGUAAUUGUAUAUGGAUUGUAGCAUUAAUGUAACUGCUGAUUGGGACACGGGAGCUGUAAGUACAUACUAAGGUUCUGUUCGUUUCCCUCUUAAUUCACUUUAGUAGAUGUUAUUAUGAUGUGUUGUCUACGACUCACCACUGUAGAUAAAUGCCUUUUAAAGGUAGAUAAUUGUGGUUUUUAUGUUUUCUCGUUUGGGAUUUUAUGAGCACAAAUUUCCCUUAUAAGCUUUUAGUUUGCAAUUAGCAAGGUAACUUAAUUGUGUUGUACCUUGGCUACCUCUCCACUUAGUCCUGUGAUGCACUUGCUUAACGUUGCCAAGGACAACAGACUCUGUCCAAUUGUAAGAAUAUAUUGCCCCAAAGAGAAGAAAUGUGUUAUCUGGGCUUAAGAGAAAAAUCUUCUUUAAGAGUCUUGAGAGAAGAGAAGUGUUGCUAUAUCUGCAGUGCUAUGAUGUAAUAACUUUUGAUUAUUCCAUAUCUCUGGUGUGAAUCAGAAUGAAGGAUGCUUGGUUAAUUGAAUCACCUCUGGCGCUGACAGUUGUGGCUCGUGGAGUUGCUGUGCUGAGAUAGAGGAGAGGUGCUAUGUGAGAGAGAGGGCCUCUGAUGCUAAGCUGAUUGGCUUUAUCUCUGCUAAUUGCUUUUUCCAUUUCAGAUUUGUCUUGUUUUUGUGCAAAAAUGACAAUGGUGCUGAAGUACAGAGUUACCUUGUUUCCAUUUUAUGUUCGCUUUGAAUGUUUGUGUCUGAAAAAUGAUGUUUUUGUACUGGUGAUCUUUCAUCUAGCAGCGAGCAUUCCAAACCUUUUGUUUUGAACAUUUGGUUCUAGUCAUCUGAGUAAAAUUACGUUUUGUUUUUCUCUUCCCAGACACACACCUAAAGUGGUGAAAGCAGCCUCUCAAGUCCUCAACGGUAUGUGGCAGUACAGAGACCUUCGCAGCCUCUACAAAAAGGUGUGUAAUACAAAUAACUUGCUGCCACCACAAGACAUCUGCUGAAGGAGCUCUUGAAAGUUUAACACAUUAGUCUCUUGAGUUGGUUUUUAUGCUCUUAUUAAAAGGACAGAGAGAGAGAGAGAGAGAGAGAGAUGAGAGAGAGAGAGAUAGAGAGAGAGAGAGAGAGAGAGAGAGAGUCUAGAGAGAGAGAUGAGAGAGCUCUCUAUCUAUCGCUCUCGCUCUCUCUAUCUCUCUGAUCUCAGAGAGAGAGAGAGAGAGUAAAUGGCAAAAACUGUACAGCAGUGCAUGCGUGACAGUUCAGUAAGCUCACUAAGCAACACAAGUGCAAUAAUUUAUAGUGAGAGUAAAGCUUGAAUCCCUCUGGGCUGCAGUUGAAUGAACUAAAGAAUCUAUCAAUGUUGACCUGAGGAGAGGAGACAAACAUGCUUUAAUGGAACAAGACAGAUUAAGAAUUAGAGGGUUUAAAGGCUUUUGAGAGGGGGAGAAAAACUGGUGUUGCAUGCUUUACUAAAAUGGAUAGACAGUCAUUCUCGUAACAUCCUCCUGUUCUAUUUUGCCUCGUUUUAAUGUGAAGAUAGUUUCAUUUGCUAUUUGACGAGAUUAUCUUAGAUCAUUGAGUAUGAUCAUUCAGUACAUAAUAUAGUAUGUUGCAGUUCAUUAUAGCUAGAAAGUUCCCUAAUGCAUCUUAUUUUCCCCCAGGAUGGAUAUUCUCAGUAUAAUUUUGUUGGCUCAUCCUCUACAAUAGAAAGAGAUAGACAAAGACCAUACUCUUCAUCCCGCACCCCAUCCAUCUCGCCUGUACGGACAUCUCCCAAUAAUCGAUCAGGUGAGUCCACUGUUGUCUUUCCUUUGCCCUCUCACUCCAUCAAGCCACUACUGACAGACACCCAGGAUCAGGACCAUUUGGUGGACAAGUAGUAUGCAUGUCAGUGUGUAGGUGUAUUCUCUCUUUACCCCAUAGUUUUAAAAUACUGGACAUAUUUUGCAAACUCACGAGGCUGAUCAUCCUUUAGAGCACAUGUGUCAAACUCAUUCCACGGAGGGCUGAGUGUCUGCAGGUUUUCGCUCCACCCUUGGACUUGAUUGAUGAAUUAAGGUCACUAAUUAGUAAGGAGCUCCGCUCACCUGGUUGUCUAGGGCUUAAUUGAAAGGAAAAACCAAAAACCCACACACUCGGCCCUCCGUGGAAUGAGUUUGACACCCCAUCUUUAGAGCUUUAAUUGCCAGACAUAGCCAUAGUAACACAGAACAUUUUGACCAUGCAUUUCAGACAUAAAGAUUCUGAAAACGUAGUAAUAUUUCAGAUAAAAGAUAGGAUGAAUGAAGGUUAAGGUGGUGUCUGCCCAGACACGGAGGUGCACAGACACUAAUAAGCAACUGCCAGUUACUCACUUACCCUUUGAGAUGAAAGGAGAGAAGAGGAAAGGAGGAGGAGGCUGGGGGAUGACUCAGAUGACACACACCAAGCAAAUGUUUUUAGUUUGAAUGCCACAGCUCAGGCUCUGUUCCUCACCACAGCAGCCUCAUAGGAGAGCCCAUGGGAGACACAGUUAGCUCUAGGGGCAGAAUAAACCUACUAAACUUGAAUAGUCGUCAAAAUGCACUGACUAUAAGUCACUUUGGGGAAGAGCAUCUGCUAAAUGACUAAAAUGUAAAUGUACGAGGUAUUGGUACUGCUGUUAUUGAAACCUAUAACUUGGUACUGUAGCCUUUGGCUGCGUUUAAUGGUGAUUAUAAAAUGAUUUUCUUGGACGAGAGGGUGUUUGUUGAUUUUGUUCAGGACAUUUUAUGUUACAGGGUGCUCUAAUUGGAGUUUAAUGAACAUCAAAGUGGAAAUACUGAACUUAAUGUAUCCUAUUAGAAAGCAAUACAUUCUCUGAGUAAAGAUUUCACAGAAGAGUCAUUUGUGGAUGUUAGACCAGUAUAUAGUUAGGUCUAUGUAUUUGUUUUCAUUACAUGCAUGUUUUCUCUGAUGAUGUCAUCAGCUGCUUCACUGUCAGCUUUCCUUGACCUGUUUCAACAGAAUGUGUUAAUGUACAAGAGUGGGAGGAUCUUAUGCUGAACAAAAAUAUAAACGCAACAUGUAAAGUGUUGGUCCCAUGUUUUAUGAGCUGAAAUAAAAGAUCCCAGAAAUGUUCCAAACACACAAAAAGCUUAUUUCUCUCAAAUGUGUGCACAAAUUUGUUUAGAUCCCUUUUAGUCAGCAUUUCUCCUGACAGGUGUGGCAUAUCAAGAAGCUGAUUAAACAGCAUCAUUAUUACACAGGUGUACCUUGUGCUGGGGACAAUAAAAGGCCACUCUAAAAUGUGCAGUUUUGUCACACAACACAAUGCCACAGACGUCUCAAGUUUUGAGAGAGCGUGCAAUUGGCAUGCUGAUUGCAGGAAUGUCCACUAGAGCUGUGGCCAGAGAAUUGUGUGUUAAUUUCUCUACCAUAAGCCUCCUCCAACGUCGUUUUAGAGAAUUUGGCAGUACAUCCAACCGGCCUCACAACCACAGACCAUGUAUAACCACACCAGCCCAGGACCUCCACAUCCGACUUCUUCACCUGUGGGAUGGUCUGAGACCAGCCAUCCGGACAGCUGAUGAAACUGUGGGUUUGCACAACCGAAGAAGUUCUGCACAAACUGUCAGAAACCAUCUCAGGGAAGCUCAUCGUCCUCACCAUGGUCUUGACCUGACUGCAGUUCGGCGUCAUAACCGACUUCAGUGGGCAAAUGCUUACCGUCGAUGGCCACUGGGAUGCUGGAGAAGUGUGCUCUUCACGGAUGAAUCCCGGUUUCAAAUGUACCUGGCAGAUGGCAGACAGCAUGUAUGGCGUCGUGUGGGCAAACGGUUUGCUGAUGCCAACGUUGCGAACAGAGUGCCCCAUGGUGGCGGUGGGGUUAUGUUAUGGGUAGGCAUAAGCUACAGAAAACGAACACAAUUGCAUUUUAUCGAUGGCAAUUUGAAUGCACAGAGAUACCGUGACAAGAUCCUGAGGCCCAUUGUCGUGCCAUUCAUCCGCCUCCAUCACCUCAUGUUUCAGCAUGAUAAUGCACAUCCCCAUGUCGCAAGGAUCUGUACACAAUUCCUGGAAGCUGAACAUGUCCCAGUUCUUCCAUGGCCUGCAUACUCACCAGACAUGUCACCCAUUGAAAAUGUUUGGGAUGCUCUGGAUCGAUGUGUACAACAGCGUGUUCCAGUUCCCGCCCAUAUCCAGCAACUUCGCACAGCCAUUGAAGAGGUGUGGGACAACAUUCCACAGGCCACAAUCAACAGCCUGAUCAACUCUAUGCAAAGGAGAUGUGUCACGCUGCAUGAGGCAAAUGGUGGUCACACCAGAUACUGACUGGUUUUCUGAUCCAUGCCCCUUCCUUUUUUUUUAAGGUAUCUGUGACCAACAGAUGCAUAUCUGUAUUCCCAGUCAUGUGAAAUCCAUAGAUUAGUGCCUAAUGAAUCUAUUUCAAUUGACUGAUUUCCUUAUAUGAACUGUAACUCAGUAAAAUGUUGCGUUUAUAUAUUUGUUCAUAUAUAUAUACAUGACGAAGGGACUUAAAUGGAUGUCAAACGUCUUUUACCGCUAAUUAUAUACCUGAUGCGUCAUCUGUGUGUUUGCAGCAAGUGCCCCUGCCUCUCCCCGAGAGAUGGUCAGCAUCAAGGAGAGGAAGACAGACUACGAGUCGACGGGCACCAAUGCCAGUUACCAUGGCAACAAGGGUGAGCACACUUCGAGAAAAGAUGCCAUGGCAGGUAGGAAGGAGUUUCAGUGCCUCCGUCAGCUUCCUCCUCGUUUCUGGAUUCAGUGUGUUUUCAUCAGAUGAUGUGUACUGUAAAACCAGCGUGAAGCCUUUUUGUUUCAUAAUAAUCAACUUGGCAACAAUGACCACAUACCUUCUCUCUGUUUCUCUCCCACCUGUAGUUCAAAUCUCAAGUGGAACCUCAACAUUGUUCCGAGGUGCCUACGUCUCUCCCAGUGAUGAGAUCAAACACAACCAGGUAAGGAUUUAAGAAAUUACUUGAUAUCAUUACAAGAGCAACGCUCACUGCUAGGUAAACUCUUAGAAAAAAGGGUUGCAAAAGGAUUCUUUGGCUGUCCCCAUAGGAGAACCAUUUUUGGUUCCAGGUAGAACUCUUUUGGGUUCCAUGUAGAACCCUCUGUGUAAAGGAUUCUACUUGGAACUCAAAAAGGUUCUACCUGGAACCAAAAGGGUUCUUCAAAGGGUUCUCCUAUGGGGACAGCCGAAGAACCCUUUUAGGUUCUACAUAGCACCUUUUUUUCUAAGAGUCUACUGUCUCACCAGUAGCAGAGUAGUGCUCUAACCUCUGUGUGUGUUCCCUAGGUCCCUUCCCAGGGCCCCAACCCAGGCCAGGAGCCCUACCCUCCGUUCCAGAACCCUCCUGGAGUACAGUUUGAGGAGGCGUUCUACGAGGACCAGGUGCACCAACGCCCUCCCCAGGCCACAGACUUGAACAUGCACCUGGGCCUCAAGUCCACCGGCAACUAUGUGGACUUCUACUCAGCGUCCCGCCCCUAUAGUGAACUCAACUAUGAGACCAGUCACUACCCGGCCUCCCCGGACUCCUGGGUCUAG